AUGAGAGGGAGAAUGGAAUUGAGGAUGAAAUUGGGAGAAAUGAUGAGAGGGGAUGAUGGAAGUAAGGAUUGGAACUCAAGCAACCAAGACCGUCUUCAACAGCUAAAGGCCUUUGACGAGUCUAAAGCUGGUGUCAAAGGGAUAGUCGAUGGUGGCAUCACAAAAAUCCCACCAAUUUUCGUGCGGCCACCGGAAGAUUCCGCAGGCGACGACCCAAGUUCCGGCCAACCAACCCAAACCCAAUUCAGUAUUCCGGUCGUGGACCUUGCUGAUACUGCCAGCAGGCAUGAUGACGUAGUUGCCAGAGUCCGGCGGGCUGCGGAGACCGUUGGGUUCUUCCAGGUGGUGAACCAUGGAAUACCCAAGAGAGUGUUGAAGGAGAUGUUGAAGGCCGCGCGUGAUUUCCACGAGCUGCCAAUGGAGGUGAAGGCUGAGUACUAUAGGACUGGGCCGGGCUGGACGGUCAAGUUUGGGAGUAACUUUGAUUUGUAUAAGUCAAGGUUUGCUAAUUGGAGGGACAGUCUGUUUUGUGUUAUGGGUCCUGAUCCUAUUGAUCCUCAAGAAUUGCCUGUGGUUUGCAGAGACAUAACUAUGGAAUACUCCGAACAAGUUGACAAACUAGGUGUCACUUUGUUUGAAUUGCUAUCAGAGGCACUCGGGCUCAAAUCUGAGCACCUUAUAGGCAUGGAUUGUGCAAAAGGGCCUCUUAUUGUUAGCCACUACUAUCCUCCAUGCCCUGAGCCUGAGCUGACAAUGGGAACUAGCCAACACUCGGAUCCUUCUUUUCUCACCAUCCUACUUCAAGACCAUGUUGGUGGGCUCCAGGUUCUGUGUGAAAAUCAGUGGAUUGAUGUACCUCCUGUGGCUGAAGCUCUUGUAGUGAACAUUGGAGAUCUUUUGCAGCUAAUCUCAAACGACAAGUUCAUAAGCGUCAACCACAGGGUCUUGGCUAAAAACGAAGGACCAAGAAUUUCUGUGGGAUGUUUUUUCAGACAUUUUUCACCGGGGAAGUCGUCGUCAAGACUUUACGAGCCAAUCAAGGAGUUGGCAUCAGAAGAAAAUCCCCCAAUUUACCGACAAACCACUUUGAAUGAUUUUCUUGUGUACUACUACAAGAAAGGCCUCAAUGGGGUCUCUGCACUUGACUAUUUCAAGCUCUGAAUUAGGCCAUGUGUAUGUGUUUAUGCAAUAAUAAUGAAUCAGUCUCUUAUGUAUCACAAAUGUGUGCUUGAGUUGAGUUGAAAGGUCUAGUACGUUUUAGUUUUCAAUGUACAUGUAAUACAAUAGAACUUUGG